AUGCAAGAUAUUGUUUCUGCUGCAAUCAACUCUUCCUAUUUGUGCGAAUCAUGUAAGGUUCUUCGAUUAACAAAGAAUCUACGUCUUAACACUCGGGAAACAGGUGCUAGCAUUCAACAGAUUGAACAAUUUGCAUCAUGGCUAGCUGCUAUAGGAAAUAGAACAUUAGGAAGACCUAAUGAUGGUUAUGCAAAAGUUGGAAUUCCUGAUGAAAUGUUGUUGCCAUCUUCUGGUGACCACAUAGCCACAAUAGUUGAUAGUAUAUUUCCAAUGUUCAAGGACGGUGGUUGCCAGCUACAAUACAUGGAAAAUCGUGCUAUCCUAGCGCCAACACUUGAUGUGGUCAAUGCGGUAAAUGAAUAUAUGAGUGAUUUGCAUGUUGCUAAGAGCAAGACCUACCUAAGUUGCGACAUUGUUUGUAAGUCGGAUUCAACAAAUGGUAUACUAUAUGAUAUGCACACUCCAGAAUUCCUAAAUGGGUUGAAAGCUUCUAGCAUACCAAAUCAUUCUUUAACUUUAAAGAUUAGAUCUCCUGUAAUGCUGUUGAGAAAUAUAGAUCACUCAAUGGGUCUUUGUAAUGGUACAAGACUUAUCAUUACUAGGUUAUCUGAUCAUGUUGUAGAAGCAAAGAUUGUCACGGGGCACAAUGCCGACCAGAUUAAACACUACAUUCCAGUUGAUUGUCUUGAUUGCAUUUCUGAUGCUUACAUUCUCAACAAAAUUAUGGAUAAGCACUUGAGGCCUUUAAUGGGAAAACGGUAG